AUGUCUGCUGGUCUUGCCUUUGAACUUAAAUCUACUCUUGAAGGACAUAAUGGAGCCGUUACUUCUAUAGCAGUUGCAGCUACUAAACCAGACGUUCUUGUCUCUGGAUCACGUGAUAAGACUCUUAUGGUAUGGAAAGUAGACACUAACUCAGAAGCUCAAGCAGAAACUAUUCUUCCAACUAAAUCACUUCAU